AUGGAUUUUGAGCCGAGUGUAGAUCCUGAUAAUUAUUAUGCUGCUUUAGUUAAUUUUGAAAUUGAUAAAAAGAUUGGUAAAGGCCAGUUUUCAGAAGUAUAUAGAGCUAAAUGUAAAGUAGAUCAAGAAAUUGUUGCUUUGAAAAAAGUUCAGAUAUUUGAGAUGAUGGAUGCUAAAGCUAGACAAGAUUGUAUAAAAGAAAUUGAUUUAUUAAAGCAAUUAAACCAUGAUAAUGUAAUAAAGUAUUUAGCAUCAUUUAUUGAGAACAAUGAGUUGAAUAUUGUUUUAGAAUUAGCUGAUGCUGGAGAUUUAUCUAGAAUGAUCAAACACUUCAAGAAACAAGGUAGAUUAAUACCAGAGAAAACAGUAUGGAAGUAUUUUGUACAGAUUUGUAUGGCUCUUCAUCACAUGCAUUCAAAACGUAUCAUGCAUAGAGAUAUUAAGCCAGCUAAUGUAUUUAUAACAGCACAAGGUGUAGUUAAACUAGGUGAUUUAGGUCUUGGGAGAUUCUUUAGUUCUAAAACUACAGCGGCACAUUCCUUAGUUGGUACACCAUAUUAUAUGUCACCAGAGAGAAUACAUGAAAAUGGCUAUAAUUUUAAAUCUGAUAUAUGGUCAUUAGGUUGUUUAUUAUAUGAGAUGGCUGCUCUACAGUCUCCAUUCUAUGGUGAUAAAAUGAAUCUAUAUUCAUUAUGUAAGAAAAUAGAACAAUGUGAUUAUCCACCAUUACCAGCAGAUAUCUAUUCUGAAAAUUUACGUGAACUAGUAAGAAAGUGUAUUAAUCCUAAUCCAGAUGAAAGACCUAGUAUAGAAUAUGUUUAUGGAGAGGCUAAGAAGAUGUAUCAACAUUUUCAAUUAGAGAACCCAUCCCCUGUACCACCACAAUAA